UUUAGACAGAAAAUCCUUACGGAAAGUCUAUAUAUUAUCUUCUCUUGCCUUAACUUUUGCAACUUCUCAUCUAAGAAACUAAAAAAAUGGGUGAAGCCCCAACCACCACAGCCUCGGCCGUCCGUGGUGGUGGCCGGGGCUUUGAUAUCUUCGGUUUCACAGUCCACGUUGUCCGCGGGCGGUGGUUCUCCCUCUUCGCCUCCUUCCUCAUCAUGGCCGGAGCCGGUGCAACAUACCUUUUCGGAGUUUACUCCAAAGACAUAAAAUCCUCCCUCGGAUACGACCAAACCACCCUCAACCUCCUAGGUUUCUUCAAAGACCUCGGCGCCAAUGUUGGUGUCCUCUCCGGCCUCAUCGCCGAGGUAACUCCGACAUGGUUCGUCCUCUUAGUCGGCUCGGCGAUGAAUUUCACUGGCUACCUCAUGAUAUGGCUGGCCGUCACCGGAAAAAUCAGCAAGCCAAAAGUUUGGCAGAUGUGUCUUUACAUCUGCAUCGGAGCCAAUUCCCAGAACUUUGCCAAUACCGGAGCUCUGGUCACCUCCGUGAGGAACUUCCCGGAGAGCCGGGGCAUAAUGCUGGGACUCUUGAAGGGCUUUACAGGGCUAAGUGGAGCUAUCAUGACUCAAAUUUACUUAGCCAUCUAUGGAAAUGACUCCAAGUCUCUCAUCCUCCUCAUCGCUUGGCUUCCCGCCGCAAUAUCGGUGGUGUUUGUGUAUACAAUUCGGAAUUUGAAGGUUGUCAGGCAGCCCAAUGAGCUCACAAUCUUCUACCAUUUUCUCUAUGUUUCGAUUGCGCUAGCUCUGUUUUUAAUGGUCAUGACUAUAUGUCAGAAACUGGUGACUUUUCCACAAGCUGCUUAUGCGGGUAGUGUUGCUGUUGUUUGUGCUUUACUCUUUGUUCCUCUUUUUAUCGCGAUUAGAGAAGAGCUUGUUCUUUGGAAAGCCCAAGGCAAAAAUCCCACUUCAAUAUCAACCCAGAUUCAAUCAAUUGCAGAGCCAAAACACUCAGAAGAACCGACAAUAAAGCCAGAAGAGAAAAAGACUUCUUCUUCUUCUUGCUUUGCAGAGACCUUUUUUAAUAAGCCGGAAAGAGGAGAGGACUACACAAUCUUACAAGCACUUUUAAGCACUGACAUGCUGAUUCUGUUUGUUGCAACAUUUUGCGGUCUGGGUUCGAGUCUUACCGCUGUGGACAAUUUAGGACAGAUUGGGGAGUCACUCGGAUACCCACAGAAAACAAUAAAAACAUUCGUUUCGCUUUUAAGCAUAUGGAAUUACUUCGGCAGAAUCUUCGCUGGCUUCGUUUCUGAAACCUUGCUCGCAAAGUACAGAUUUCCGAGGACGCUUAUGAUGACGCUAGUCCUUUUUUUGUCGUGCAUCGGCCUUCUCCUCAUCGCAUUCCCAGUCCCAGGUUCAGUCUACGUGGCAUCAGUGAUCAUUGGGUUCUCAUUUGGCGCACAAUUGCCAUUGCUUUUCGCAAUCAUAUCGGAGCUCUUUGGGCUAAAGUACUACUCUACAUUGUUCAAUUGUGGGCAAUUGGCUAGUCCUCUCGGGUCCUACAUUCUAAAUGUGAAGGCCACCGGGCCUUUAUAUGACCGCGAGGCAUUGAAGGAGCUAGAGAGAAAGGGAUUGACUCGGUCGUCCGUGAAGGAAUUGACUUGCAUUGGUGAUCAUUGUUAUAGAAUUGCUUUUGUGAUUUUGGCUAGUGUGACCUUCUUUGGAGCUCUUGCUUCACUAAUCUUGGUUGCGAGAACUCGAGAAUUUUACAAAGGGGAUAUAUAUAAGAAGUAUAGAGAGAAAGCAGAGGAGGCUGAUGCUGAGGUUGCUUUGGCAGCUGGGAAUGAAGGCAGAGAGAUUCAAAUGACGGGAAAAGGAGUUGAAGGUGAAGAGGACAGGCAAAGAAAAUGAAAGAAUGAAACUGGCUUGCAGGUAAAAGAGCAAAGCCAAAGAAAAUGUAACUGCUUUGCUUUUUUGGGCAGUGUAUCAUUUCAUUAAGCGUGUAGGUUGCUUCCCUGUUUUAGAAAAUAAAUAAAAAAAAUGUUUCAAACCUCAUUUUCCUCCCAA